AUGGCAGCGGACUCGCAGUCUGAUGGUACGCCUGCCCCUGAGGCUCCCAAGCCCAUCAUCAAGAGUGCAGACAUGGCUCAGGAGAUGCAGGAUGCGGCUAUCAAGGUAGCGACGGACGCCAUGCAGGUCGCUGAUGCGGAGGAGAAAGACAUUGCAGCGUACAUCAAGCGGGAGUUCGACCGGCGGUAUGGCCCGACCUGGCACGUCGUUGUCGGAAAGAACUACGGCAGCUACUGCACGCAUGAGACCGGCCACUUCCUCUACUGGUACAUGGGCAACAUCGCCAUUCUUCUCUUCAAGGCCGGCUAA